GACCCUCCUCUUUCCUUUAACAAUUUGGACGAAAAGUUGUCGAAAUCUCUUCCUCCAUAGGGUCUCCAAUUAGGGCUCCGAUUACUUUCAUUGGUAUAUUGGAUUUCAGCAUCGCCUGACCAAGUAGUUUAGAGCGACAACCAUGGUCUGCGAGAAGUGUGAAAAGAAGCUAUCGAAGGUGAUAGUACCGGAUAAGUGGAAAGAAGGUGCAAGCAACACACAAGAAAGCGGUGGCCGUAAAAUUAACGAAAACAAGCUCCUCUCCAAGAAGAAAAGGUGGACUCCUUAUGGAAACACCAAGUGCAUAAUUUGUAAGCAGCAAGUACACCAGGACGGCAAGUAUUGUCACACAUGUGCUUACAGCAAAGGGGUUUGUGCUAUGUGUGGGAAGCAAGUACUUGAUACCAAGCUUUACAAACAGAGCAACGUGUAAUUAGAAGCCAGAACUGAUAUUCGACUUGUAACUUCAUCAUCAAGGGUUAAUAACAUGUACUUUGAUCCUGAUGUACUUUUCGUCCUGGCAUCAAUCUAUAUGGUAAAUGACUGGAUAGUUCAUUCUAUUUCCUGAUCUGACUCCAAGUGUAAUUCAACUCAAUAUUAACAUUUGUUUGUUUUAUGAGAAUUAUGUAUUAUAAAGCUCUACUUCCUUUCCUGAU